ACAUCCUAGUACUAUAUUUUUAUAUCAACGGACUUGGUUGAUUGGCUAUCUAUGGGAUUUGUCUUUAUUCCAGAUGCUCACCUGAAUAUGCUUAGCAACAAGUCUAGUUAUCUGCUUGUGUUUACCUCGUCAGCUUGUACGGGUUGAUAUUUGUAAGAGAGAUAAAACCGUUUUGUGUAACAAAAGUCGGUGAAAGGAAUUAAUAAUUGUUGCCUUCAUAAUAUUUUUAAGUGAAGUCGGGCAAAACGCCAUGAUAAACCUUAACUUACUUUCUACAAGUACUAGUCAAUUAAAGACGACUUUUUCAAUGUGCGCUCUAGCCUACUUAUUGCUUGUGGGGUUGAUUGUAUCCACCAGAAGCGUGGCAUCUCUACAAAGUAAGAGUAGAAAAGACAUGCUCUUGCAGGAUGCCUUGAGGUCUCUCCUGGAUGUUGAAACUUCUUUAAGCACUGAGUCCAAGAAGAUGACUAACAGUCCUCACUCAUAUCCUUCUCCUCCUGAAUAUAUGCUGGAACUAUAUGCUCGAUACCAGUCUGGGCAGGAUCCCAGUGCCGACAAGCGUGGGGACACAGUGCGAAGUAUUGUACCGAAGAAAGGAAAGCUGGAAAAAAAGAACAUUCUCGUUUUUAACUUAACAGGAAUUCGUACCACUGAACGUAUCAUCAGUAGCGAGCUCCAUCUAUUGAGAAGACGAAGGAUUAAAGGCAGCAAACGGCGAAGGAAGCAAGCUAUCGGAUUUGAGAUUCAUCUCUUGGACUUCAGGACAGUAGCAACUUCUGUUCUCCAGAAAAUGGAUAUGAGUCGUCAUGGUAACGGAUGGCAAACUUAUAAUGUCACCAAGGGAGUCACAGCAUGUCGUAAUGCAAAGUCUGAUGGGAAUUGUAUUUUCGCUGCAAAGCUUAAAGUACAUCGAAGCAAUGGGAAGUACAAGUCUUUGGAUUUUUUGAGAGUGUUACGAAAAGGUUCGACACCAUUCCUCAUCAUAUUUUCUGAAAAUGAAAAAAAGAAGGAAGCUUUCAAAGAUUUAGGAGGACGAUAUUUGCGUAAAGAAAACUGGAAAAUGAAUAGUUUUCCCUCAUUUUUAAACUGGGAAGAUCACGAAAAAUAUGAAAACAUAAACCAUUUCAAUCGUUCCAGAAGAUCUAUAUGGGAUAAUGAAAUUCCGAGCGAUGUGAUCUAUACUAAUCAGAUUAAAGAUCCCAAGUCCAAUGCUUUUCAUUUCCACAAAGGCAACGAGAAACAAAAACCAGGCCUUAUUCCAUAUCCUGAGGAAUCCCAUUAUUGGAAAUCAUUUGGAAAAUCUAGAAAUAUCAGACGAAAAAACAAGAGAAAACGUAAAAGAAAAAAUAGAAUAUUACCGCAGUUUUUCCAGCCAAAUAAUGAACCAUCAUACGAAAACGACGCCUCUCGUUACAAUACCUAUGGAACUUACUCACAGCUAUGCCAAAGACGAAAACUAACAGUAAAUUUUGCAGAUAUUGGAUGGAGUAGGUGGAUAAUUGCGCCCACUUCCCUCGAGACCAAUUAUUGUGUUGGGCUUUGUCCGUUUCCAUUAACGAAGGAAUUUCGGCCUUCCAACCACGCUUUGAUUCAAAGUAUCGUGAACGCCAUAGGCCUCAACCCGGAUGUUCCCGCUCCUUGUUGUGUCCCGGAUUCCUUAACUUCUGUUACUCUACUCUAUUUUGACGAAGAUGAAAAUGUCAUAUUGAAAAAUUAUCCCAACAUGUCCGUACAAAAUUGUGCAUGUCGUUGAGAGUGGCUCCAUCUGACGAACGGUUUGGUGUUUAUCUCGUCGUCCAUCAAGUGUGUUUCAAAAAUAAAAUCUAACUGGUUUAUUCUGAAUAAGAAGCAGAAAAAAUCUAAUCAAAACAAAUAAAUAUACUUUAUUCUUAAAAAGUUAGAACAACUAAUGAUAUCUUCAACUUUUGUUUGUGCAUGUAAUGUUUAUAAAGAGAUUAUGGUUACGUCACAAUGACAUCACAAAAUCUUACUAAUCGUACAAAGACAUAUUAAACAUUAUAAUGUUUAAUACUUAACUCAAAUCAUAAUUAAAGUUAAUGAUACUUAGAAUUUAAUUCAAAAUUUUGAAGGACGAAUACUGUAAGAAUUCCAAGUUCUGACCGAACGCCUUGAUGUGUAAUAUUUAUAAUUGAAUAACUUGAUUUGUAAUUCUUAAUUAAGAGUUUUAAUUAAACAAGAAAUU